UAUUUAAGCCGGGAAACCGCAGCGACCGAGACGAAAAGAUCCUUCUCUUCUCUCUCUCCCCUCGCAUCCGCCCAAACGCACGCGCCCCCUCGCCUGCAGCUGCCGCGUAGCCAUCCAAGCCAAUCCCUCCUCGGCUCCUCCUCCGCGCCGCGCUUAAACAAAACCCACCCAAAUUUAAGCGAUCCCCGAAGGGGGUAACCGAAAGCGAGGAAGGCAGGUGGCGUCUGCGCUUUCGGAAAUUUCGCUUCGCUUCGCUUCCUCGUCGUCGAUCCGUCCACCCACCAACCGACCCACCCAUGGCCGUGCCGAGGGAGCGCGAGGCUACGGCGACGAGGUGAGGUGAGGUGAUAUGAGAGGAGGCGCGGCGGGAUGGGCAUGAGGUGCAAGAAGCACCCGUUCCAGGCCGCCGGCGGCGUCUGCGCCACGUGCCUCCGCGACCGCCUGCUCGUGCUCGCGGCCGAGCGGAACGGCGCGUCCUCCUCGCCCGCGCACGCGCAGGCGCAGGCCCCUCCGGCGCCCGAGCCCGCGGCGUUCCCGAGGUCAGUGUCGCCGUACGUGUCCCGCAGGAAGUCGGACGCCGCGGGCGGGGGCGGCGCGCUCAGGCACCACCCGAGCCUGCUCUUCUUCCGGACGCCGCAGGUGGGGCCGGCCUACGGCGGCGGCGGCGCGCUCGAGGAGGGCGACAUCGGCUACGAGUACGAGAAGCGGCGCGCGGGCAAGUUCUCGGUCCUCGCCACGCUCUUCGGCCAGCACCACAGAUCGGAGGUGGAGGACAAGCAUCGGGGGCGCGCCAGGGAGCGCAAGAAGCUUUCUUGGCUCGCCGGGAUCAUACCGCGCCGCCGCAAGAAGCAGGCGCCGGCCGCGGCCUCCUCCUCCUCGCCGCCGUCGGCCCCGCCCCGGCGCUCCUGCCGCGUGGUCAGCAACCGGGGCCUCUCGCCGGAGCGGGACAGCCACGGGAGCGGCGACGAGAGCAGCUCGCCAGCCGCGGACCCGCCGUGGCGGCCGUCCCCGUCCCCGAUGCGGAAGACCCCGUGCCGGCGCCGCCAGACCAGCAGCAUGCCGUCGGGCUUCGCCGUCUGCCUCAGCCCGCUCGUGCGGCCCAGCCCGGGGCGCCGCCACCGCCCGGUCCAGCCGCCGGACCCCGGCGCCUUCUCCUGCGAGCUCCGGCCGUCGCCGCUCCACAACCUCUCGUCCGCCGCCCCCGUCACGCGCUGCCGCUCCAGGAAGCUCGCCGGCGGCGGCCGGUUCCGGUGAUCUUUCCAUUUUUACCCUUUUCAUCCCCUGAUUACCACCACCAAAUCAGGAUUGCUAGUCCAAUUUCUUAGCUUUUCUCUUCCUUUUACAUUUUGUCCACUUGUGAAGAAGAGUCUGUAAGAUUGGCGCACCCAAACUCCAAACCACUCCGUUGACAAAUACAGCGUAGGUUACUACUGCAAUGUAACGAGCUGCUUGUAUCAAGUACUUGUUCAUGUUUGUACAGCUAGCUGUCUAGUAAUCUUGAUGUUUUGCAAAAUAGUAGAACUCUCUCUAAUCCAAGCUUUUCGAUCAUGUUUGGGUUCAGAAAAAAGAUUAGACUUAAUGAUGUCUAUGGUACAGGUCCUAUA